GGAAAAUUGUAUAUAUAUGUUAUCAUGCGUUCUCUUUCAGUUUCUAUAUUACUAUAUUACAGUAAAUGAUGUCUCGUUAGAUCUACCGUUAGAUUAGAUCUGCGUACGUGCGUUCGUUGUUCUGCUUUGCUGUUCUUAUGUCCACCACAGAAUACCACAUCAGCCAAGGUGUGAGGUCUUGUCUCGGUCAGCGAGAGACAGCAGCAACGACAUUGUGUCAGCCUUCCUCAAGUGGCUGACUCGGCACCUCACACCCUCAAGAAAUGGAGCGCUGGGAGCGCCCCUGGUCCUUGCUGAUAAGACUGCUUGAACCCAUUGAACUUGAUGAACUCUGUUUGCUCUUUCCUAUGUCGCCACAUUAGCAUAACGUUUGCAGUAAUCUACACACACCAGAAGUUUCCUGCGCUUACCAAAAGCAGAAACCGUUUGCGCUUCCCCCUACCCUUAUUUGGUUUCUGCUACACAUGUGAUGAGGAAAAUUCCCCAAAUAAAGAGAGCAAGGAUGCAGACAGACUUUAGUGUAGGUUGGGCAUUGUAAGCUGUCUGUACUGCACUCCUUGCGCAAGCUACGACUCAAUAUUCUGCCUCACUUGUGGUCUGUCCGUUGGUGCGUUUCUCUUAACAUUUAUUCACUCUGUCUGUAAAAACCUAACAGAAAUUGGGGGCUCGUCCGGGAUUUCUAUACGUCCUUGCGGCUCCGGCGGGACUCCUCGACGCAGGAAAAAUCCUUGGCCAAGGUAAACAAAAGCCCUUUGACGGGACUGCCUCGAGCGGUUCGGCUGGACGCUGGGGGGACUGCCGAAAUCACCCGAGGAAAAGGACCAGCGGACUGUGAGUAGGAAUAUUGAUUCUACUAAAAGGAAUGAAUGAGCGGUGACAAGAGGUCACUUAAAGAGAAAAGUGACGAGAAGUCACUAAAACCUUGGGAAUUCUAGACCCUGUCAAGUGAAAUAGGAACAGUUAAAUUCCGCGGGGCGGUGCGGAGCCCCCUAACUAAUUGUUAGUUAAACCUAGCGAUUAAUUGUUAGUUAAAUUCCGCAAGGAGGUGCGGACUCCUCUGUUAUUCCUAAAAGUGGUGAAAAACGCGUGUGGUGUGUUUGUGUGCGGUUUGACUGAGAGUGAUCUCAUUUGAGCUCUCCUCUAUAUAAAAACACAGGAUUGUAAACAGUGGCUUUGUGUGAGGUGCAGAGGCUAGAGAACUCUCCGCUUCCCUGCUGGGAAGGUGAAAGGAGACUUACUCCACAUCGAAUAUUUAACCACUGUCCUGUGAAUAAAGUUGGCUUUAGGACACUGUAGGUGCCAUUCGAACCGCCAACUCCGAAAUUUAGAAAAUAAAACCAUGGGAAAUUUAAACAGCAAACGAAACUCUUUACCUCGAGAUAAAUUAAAAUGCAAAGAUUGGAAAUUAAUGGAAUGGGUCGACCCUAAAAAUGUGAAAUAUCUCGAUAAAUGGAUAACGAAUUAUAACUUCGAUGGUCAAUUGAGUGCAAACUCAUUAAACAAUCUCAAACACUCGAUUAUUGCCAAACAUGGUGCAAAUAAAAAGAAUAAAGAUGGGUAUCAUUUAAUAGUGAAAUGGGAAUUGGAAGCAGAAAAAAGAAAAUGUGGACAAAUAAAAGAAAAAUUAAAGAACAAAAGGAGCGAAGAAAAGUCCGUCUCCAAAGAGAGCCUUUUAUUGCACAGACGAGAAGAUGAUGAAACUUCAGUAGCGCGGCCUCGCUUGAGAGCCGUGCCCGAGGAGGGGGUGGAUUCAGAUGAGAAAGAUGAACAGAUUGUUAGGAGAAGUACUGUGGAGCGCGAGCGAUUGUACCCACAAUUGCCGGUCGUAGAUGACCCUCCAAAAUAUAGUGAUUUUGCUCACGCCAUGGUUACGCGGAGCCGCGUAAAAAGCGGAAGCUCCCUCUCCAUCGGCCCCCGUAGCAGACGGCAGCCCGAACUACAUGGGCGCAGGAGUAACCGAGGCCUACCCAAUGAUUCAAGUGGCAAACCCCCAUGAUGACGGAGGGCCCACUAUUUUAGUCUACAGAACGUGGACUCAUGCUGAUGUAAAAUCAGCCACUGAGGGAAUAGCAUUGCCGUCUGAAGAUGUUGAGCAAUAUUGUACUGACAUGAUGCAACUCAUUGCUUCUUAUAAUUUAAGAGGAGAUGAGGUGCAACAAGUUUUUAUGGCAACUUUGACCAAAGACUGGGCCAGUGUCAAGGGCAAUUGGGAUCCUUUUGAUGAAAAUGGCCGCCCAUUGGAAUAUAAUGGGCUGCCAUUGAGAAAUCAAAUUGAGCAACUUUUGGGCAGGAUAAAAACUAAAUUUCAACGUAGAGCAAAUUAUGCAGAAAUUGGUCGAACCAAACAAAAAGAGGAUGAAUUGUUUGAAGAUUAUAGACACAGAUUGGAGAAAGUGUUCAAAGCCAAUAGCGGCUUGGUACCUGGAACUGAGGUUUACAACCAGCAGUUCAAAAAUGCUCUACAUACAAAUUCGCGACCAGCAAUUCAAAACUGGGUUGUGAAACAUAUGAUCACUUUCCCUACUUCCACACUGCCACAAUUUAUUGAUCAUGCCAUGCAUGCUGAGAAAGUUGUUAAUUUGAAAAAAGGAAAAGAAAAAGUGGCUACCAUUUUUUUUUUGCUGAUAAAGACUCACAUGAUGCAUUUUAUCAAAACAAAACUUUUGAACCUUACCAGAAGAAGCAUGGUCGUGGAAACUUCCGCGGCAAGGGCAGGGGAGGCUACCGGCAUGGUGCUCUCGGUUAUGGCCCGACAGGUCAACCGAAGCAACCUAGCACUCAGCCUCCUGUCUGCUGGGCGUGCGGCAAGGAGGGCCACAUAGCAAAAUAUUGUCCGGACCCCCAUAAAAGCGGGGCUGUCCCUCCCUUGUGACUAACCGACAGUCAGCAUGGAACUGAAGGAGCUGUUUUGACAACAGCUCCCCCUAUUGAUGCAGAUUUGAACAUUCAGGACUUGUUGAUGAACAAUGUAGAGAAACCUGUGAUAACUUUGUUUGUGAAUGGUACUCCCAUUACCUUUUUGUGUGAUUCAGGAGCGUGCAUCACUACUUGUCGCGACAUUCCUGCGGAUGUGCGAGAAGGCGGGAGAUCCUUUUGGGUGAGGGCAGCAAAUGGAAUGACAACUCCAGUUCCUCAGUCUCAUCCAGUCUGGAUACGGGACCCUGAAGGAGGAAGUUGUUGCAUUCCUGUCUUGCUGAUGCCAAAUUGCCCUAUUAACUUGCUUGGAAGAGAUGCUCUCACUGCUCUUGGUCUUUCUCUAGUAUCUCUUGAUGACAAAAUCGUUGUCAAAAGGCGUCACCAAUUACAAAUAUUUGGUCAAUUUCAUUGCUACUAUUUUUAUUCAUUGGAUUUAAUUGACCCCGAGGUGAGACAAUUUGGGUCUCCUCUUUUGGCACGGGCCAGAAGCCUUUUGCGAUGCCCUGAGCAGGCAAUGGAACCAAACGACUUGCACGUGACCUUGUGGCACAAGGACACGCCCGGUCCUGACCAAAACUACGAAGCCAUGCUUAAGGCUGCUACGCCUAUCAUCUUGAGAGCAGCUUUCCUCUUACAUGAUGGUGAAAGCCGCGCUUGUGUAGUCAUGCAGCCAGCUCCCUCUAGAAUCGAAAAUUUACACAAGACGGCCACCCCGCUCCAUAUCUCUUUGUUCCGACCUUUUUCAUCCACAUGGCAAAGCGUGGGAUUCAUGGCCAAAGACGGAUUGGCUGCCCUUGACUGGACUCGAGAUAGUUCUGGUGUUCUUUACAGUCCUUCUACCAAGCUUUUCAGAAGUGUCUUGAACCACAUCUUUUUCCUUUCUUGUGGUGUGCAUGCUAAAACUUGUUCUGAGAAAGCACCCUCAGCUUGACAUUUUGUGUUGUCACCAGGAGAUGAGCAGGUCCUCGCUGAGGUCCCGACUGAUCUCUGGUCAACAGGGCCCUCUGACGUUGGGUUGGUGAAAAGUGCACUUCCUGUUGUCAUUAGACCUAAGACUGAGUACCGUCCUUGUGUGCGACAGUAUCCAUUGAAACCCGAUGCCCUGCAAGGCAUCGCACCUGUUAUUUCGGAUUUGCUAAAAGCUGGUGUCAUUAUUCUCUGUCCUGAUUCUCCUUGUAAUACUCCGAUUUUUCCUGUGAAGAAAGCGCCUCCUUCUGUCGGGUGGAGAAUGGUGCAAGAUUUGCAAGCAGUGAACAGCGCCGUCAUUCAGAGGGCACCUUGUGUCCCUGACCCACACACCUUGUUGAAUUCAUUGACGCCUGAUGCAAAGAUAUUCUCAGUAAUUGAUAUUAGCAACGCUUUCUUCUCUGUUCCUGUUGCUGAAGAAAGCCAGUUUUGGUUUGCAUUUACUUAUGCUGGCUCGAGGUACACCUUUACCAGACUGCCCCAAGGGUACUGCGAAAGCCCAACUAUCUAUUCGCAGGUGAUGGCGGCCAGCAUGGCAAAAUUUGUCCCGCCAAAGGGAAGUCAGAUUUUGCUCUAUGUUGAUGACAUUUUGAUUGCUUCUCCUGAUUUUGAUUCUUGUCAGACGGACACACUUGCAGUGUUACAUCACUUGGCGAAGGAAGGCCACAAGGUCAGCAAAAACAAGCUCCAACUGUGGUCCGAGGAAAUUAAAUAUUUAGGACACAAUCUUAGUUCCCAAGGUCGAACUAUAAUUGAGAGCAGGAAAGUUUCCAUUUUGCAGGCCCCUAAACCACUCACUAAGAAACAAAUGAUGUCUUUUCUGGGUCUUGCUGGUUAUUGCAGGAGCUGGGUGCCUGAUUAUGCCCAAAUUGUCGCUCCUCUGUCCAAAUUAAUGUAUGUUGAGGACAUCUCGAUGUCCACUCCACUAAAAUGGACUCCUGAGGCGGAGGAUGCAUUUGUGUUGAUCAAGCAGGCAUUGGUCUCUAGCUCCACUCUAGCCUUGCCCAAUUAUGACAAACCGUUUGUCCAGACUGUUGAUUGCAAAGGUCAUUAUAUGACCUCUGUUUUGAUGCAAUCGCAUGGCUUGAAACUUCGCCCUAUUGCCUUUUAUUCUUCUAAAUUGGAUAGUGUUGCUUGCGCUCUCCCACCAUGUGUGAGGGCCGUGGUGGCGGCCUCCAUGGCUGUGGAAAGCAGCGCCAGCGUUGUGUUGUUUCAUCCUUUAACGCUGAAAGUUCCGCAUGCAGUGUCAGCUCUUUUGCUACAAACAAACAUGACCUUUUUGUCGCCUGCACGUCACUUGUCGUGCAUGGCUACUUUGCUUUCCCAACCGCAUCUGACCGUUGAGAGGUACACACCCUUGUCUGACGGUCACGUGGUUUUUGUUGAUGGAUCUUCGAAGAAAAAUGCUCUUGGCGUGACCCUCUCUGGUUACGCUGUCGUUAACGUAACACGUGGAUUCAUUUGUCACACUGUAAAAAGGUGAUCUCCGCAGACCCAACCUAAGUACGGAAGGUGUGCAAGUCUGGUAAUAGUGCCUGAUUCUGGUGCCAAGAUCCAGGGUUGACACGAAAGCCAGCAGAAGCAUUCCAAGCCACCAACCCGAAGCUCAGGGAGUUGACUCUGAGGAGAUCUAAAACUAGGUGUUAAAAUGCCGUUGGAACAAUGUCUUGCGAAGGUGCGGGAUGGUUGCAAACCUUGGGAAGCAUUCAUUUGGAUUUUUGUCAUUUUUGGUUUCACUGUAGUUGGGACAGUGUGCUAUAUGCGCAUCGGCCCUGUUUUUAUAAAACACACGACUCCAGACAGUUCACCUGGAGUUUCCGCUGUUUCUGAUUCACCUGAUGUUUUUACUAUUUCUGAUUAUGAGUUUUACAAACUUUGUUCGACGGAUAACGAUCCUAGGCUCAGACGCGGUAGUUCCGUUGAUUCCCGAUAUUGUCCAUGGGAUGAUGUUGCCUCGCGUAGACAUAGGCGUGAGGUCUCGUCCAUUAGGCGUGAAGUCUCGUCCACCUUUAAACACUGCACGCCUGCUCUCGUUCACGACGGUAUUUCCUGCGUGCCAUGGCGCAUAGCCAACGCGUACCUACAUUCAUUGGCGUUCACCGUGGCCCCAAACACGGCUUCCACUAUCACCGUGCCCUUGAAGAGUUUGAAAGGUACCCGACAAGGCUGGCUCACUACGGGUGACAAAUGGCCUGGGUAUUGGUGGUAUUUGACUGUCAAUCCAGACAUUUCGGACUGGAGCGCCUUCAUCACCUCGCAGGUACCAGGUUACUGGCCUCCUGGCUCCAGUGAAGAAGCUGUGUUUUUUGCUAAACGUAUCACUUUGAAGAACCAAGGCUCAAGCCUUCUUUUGACCGUUACACUCCCUGAUGACACGGUUCGGCCCCCUCACGCUACCCUGCUCAAUACUUCCUGUUGGGGUUUUCAGUUGUGGGCUUGGUCCUCUGGGAAGGAUCCUCAGUUUCCUAUUGUCCUUUGCGUUAACAAAACUAUGCGGGGCGCUGACAGUCCCGUGUUGAGCGACUUUUCCAAAACAUCUGGGGCAGUGAUUACGAGCGUGGCCCUCACCGAUGUAGACAGUCACUUUGUGGCCUCCACAGGUAUGAGUGGCCAGACUAACAAUUGGCUCCUCAUGGCCGAGCAAGCUGCUAAUGUGACUAACACCAGUUGCGUUGUGUGUAUGGGCCCACGGCCCCUCUUGAGAAUCAUUCCCGCGAGUGUGGCUCCUGAGUGUGCGAUUUUUGUGAUGUCUACCCCUUCCAUUCCGUCUGCUCAUCCUUGCUCCAGUUGGGACAAGGUCUAUCCCGUUUCCUCCUUGGCAAAGUCCAAACCCCUUUUUUCCACUGAUGUUGCUAAAGGUAAUUUCACGUGCAUCAAGUUGCCCGGUACCGGCGCAAGCCUAGGCGUUUUGUCAGCUCCUUUGUGCACUUCCCUGUUCUAUGGCGCUGCCUUUUUCUCACCCAUCGCUCGUAGUGAUAUUUGGUUUUGGUGCAACACUGACACACUUUAUGAUAGUCUCCCUUUUAAUAGCUCUGGUACUUGCGCUUUGGUGACCCUUUUGCUUCCCGUUUUAUUAAUGCCCGCAUCUACUCAUGAGCUAGACGUUUUUAUUGAUUCUUUUGUGCCCCGACCCUGGUCGAGGGCUAAGCGGAGUGCCGAGUGGCAAGGCGCGGCGGAUCCGACCUAUAUAGAUGCCAUUGGAGUUCCCAGAGGAGUGCCGGAUGAGUAUAAGCUGGUGAACCAGAUAGCAGCUGGUUUCGAAUCCUCCAUUUGUUGGUGGUGCACCCUUAACAAAAAUGUUGACAGGAUCAAUUACAUCCACUACAACGUGCAGAGGCUUGGAAAUUGGACCGAGGCGGGCUUCAGAGCGGUCCACUCCCAGCUGGCCGCGACUUCCCUCAUGGCUUUCCAGAACCGGAUGGCCCUUGACAUGCUACUCGCUAAGGAGGGCGGUGUCUGCGCCAUGUUCGGACGACUUUGAGCUCCCACGGCCCCCGAGUUGUCAUCUUCGCAUUGACUCCAUUGAUGAGGCCCCCGCUGUGGACCUGUCCGACCUUUUUCCUGAGUCCGACGUUGUCUGAUUGGCUUCGGUCGCCUCCCGGGUGUAAAUUUGUUCUUAUGACGUAUGAUCCUGCGGCUGAAAAUCUUUUGAAGUAGCCUUUGGGUGAUUUGAGGGUCUCUGAGAACUUAUGAUAAACAGGGGGGAAUUGUUGGAAAAUUGUAUAUAUAUGUUAUCAUGCGUUCUCUUUCAGUUUCUAUAUUACUAUAUUACAGUAAAUGAUGUCUCGUUAGAUCUACCGUUAGAUUAGAUCUGCGUACGUGCGUUCGUUGUUCUGCUUUGCUGUUCUUAUGUCCACCACAGAAUACCACAUCAGCCAAGGUGUGAGGUCUUGUCUCGGUCAGCGAGAGACAGCAGCAACGACAUUGUGUCAGCCUUCCUCAAGUGGCUGACUCGGCACCUCACACCCUCAAGAAAUGGAGCGCUGGGAGCGCCCCUGGUCCUUGCUGAUAAGACUGCUUGAACCCAUUGAACUUGAUGAACUCUGUUUGCUCUUUCCUAUGUCGCCACAUUAGCAUAACGUUUGCAGUAAUCUACACACACCAGAAGUUUCCUGCGCUUACCAAAAGCAGAAACCGUUUGCGCUUCCCCCUACCCUUAUUUGGUUUCUGCUACACAUGUGAUGAGGAAAAUUCCCCAAAUAAAGAGAGCAAGGAUGCAGACAGACUUUAGUGUAGGUUGGGCAUUGUAAGCUGUCUGUACUGCACUCCUUGCGCAAGCUACGACUCAA